AUGAGACCACUUACAGAAGAAGAAACUAAAGUAGUAUUUGAAAAAUUAGCUAAUUAUAUAGGAAGAAAUAUUUCUUUUCUUAUAGAUAAUCCCGAAAAUCCUCAUGUUUUCCGACUUCAAAAAGAUCGAGUAUAUUAUGUUCAAGAAUCAAUUGCUAAAUUUGCUACUAGUGUAUCACGUCAACAAUUAAUGUCAUUAGGUAUAUGUUUUGGUAAAUUUACUAAAACUGGGAAAUUUAGAUUACAUAUUACAAGUUUACCUUAUUUAUCUCAAUAUGCUAAAUUCAAAAUUUGGAUUAAACAAAAUGGUGAAAUGCCAUUUUUAUAUGGUAAUCAUAUAUUAAAAGCUCAUAUUGGAAGAAUGUCUGAUGAUAUUCCAGAACAUGCUGGAGUUAUUAUAUAUUCAAUGAAUGAUAUACCUUUAGGUUUUGGUGCUAGUGCUAAAAGUACUGCUGAAGCAAGAAAUUUACCUCCAACUGGUAUAGUGGCAUUUAGACAAGGUGAUAUAGGUGAAUAUUUAAGAGAAGAAGAUACAUUAUUUACUUAA